CUCAGAAGCCAUUUUGGACUCAGUUCAGUUUCUUGCAUGUGAAUAUCGGACCCUGUCCUCAGCCAUUCACCACUACACAGUAGAAAAGGUUAACGCGCACCGCGGCGCGAGAAAAUUGUUUCUUUGAAACAUCGCGUUUAUUUUACCUUGUCGAUUUUACAUCCUGGAUUCGACCGAUCCUUUCCCAAUGGAUUUGUUUAUAUUUAAAACUUGUUUUUAGCCCGUGCAAUUUUGUUGCAUUGGGGGGGCUGUACACACAAAAGCAACGCAAACUCUUGGUGCGGUGGACAUCGAAGGCCUUGGGACAUUUGGCUCGUUGUGUUGUGCUAUCAUCUUUUUAAAUGUUCGCAAAGGAAAAUAGGUUAAAAAGGAGAAAUUCUGGUGUGUUUCUUUUUAAUUAAAGGAAUAUGUUUGCUUCCUGGCUGACUUUUGCACUUCUGGGAACUUUUUGUGCAGGACCAAGCCAUGGAGAGGUGGACACACAGGAGUGCUUGUUCUAUAACAUCAACUAUGAGAUCGAGAAGACCAACCAGAGUGGGGUAGAGCGCUGCGAGGGUGAGAAGGACAAGCGGUCGCACUGCUACGCCUCAUGGCGAAACAACUCGGGUACCAUAGAGCUGGUGAAGAAGGGCUGCUGGCUGGAUGACUUCAACUGCUAUGACAGGCAAGAGUGUGUGGCGACAGAGGAGAAUCCUCAGGUGUUCUUCUGUUGCUGCGAGGGGAACUUCUGCAACGAGAGGUUCACUCACCUGCCUGAUGUCAACGGACCAAUGAUCAAGUCGCCUCCCCCCAUGCCCACACUACUCAAUGUGCUGGUCUACUCACUGCUGCCCAUCACCAUGCUCUCCAUGGCCCUGCUGCUGGCCUUCUGGAUGUACCGCCACCGCAAGCCGCCCUAUGGCCAUGUGGACAUCAAUGAGGAUCCUGGCCUAGUUCUCCCUCCCUCCCCCCUGGUGGGUCUCAAACCCCUGCAGUUGCUGGAGAUUAAGGCCAGGGGGCGCUUCGGCUGUGUGUGGAAGGCCCAGAUGAUGAACGAAUACGUGGCUGUCAAGGUCUUCCCCAUUCAGGAUAAACAGUCGUGGACGAACGAGCGAGACGUGUUCCUAACACCGGGGAUGAAGCACGUGAACCUGCUGCGCUACAUCGCCGCCGAGAAGCGCGGGACCAACCUGGAGAUGGAGCUGUGGCUCAUCUCUGAGUUCCACGAGAGGGGCUCCCUGACGGACUAUCUGAAAGGAAAUGCAAUCAGCUGGACUGAGCUGUGCCACAUCGCUGAGACCAUGGCCUGCGGGCUGGCCUACCUGCACGAAGACGUGCCUCGCUACAAAGGAGAGGGACCCAAACCGGCCAUUGCUCACAGGGACUUCAAGAGUAAGAACGUGAUGCUGCGGACGGACCUGACGGCCAUCAUCGGGGACUUUGGGCUGGCGGUGCGGUUCGAGCCGGGCAAGCCCCCAGGGGACACUCACGGCCAGGUGGGUACCAGACGCUACAUGGCGCCGGAGGUCCUGGAAGGUGCCAUCAACUUCCAGCGUGACGCCUUUCUCAGGAUAGACAUGUACGCCAUGGGCCUGGUGCUGUGGGAGCUGGUGUCGCGCUGCAAGGCGGCCGACGGCCCAGUGGAUGAGUACAUGCUGCCGUUUGAGGAGGAGAUCGGCCAGCACCCGUCCCUGGAGGACUUACAGGAGGUGGUGGUCCACAAAAAGAUGAGACCGGUCUUCAAGGACUGCUGGCUCAAACACGCUGGCCUGGAGUCGAUGUGUGAGACGAUAGAGGAGUGCUGGGACCAUGACGCGGAGGCGCGCCUCUCUGCUGGCUGCGUGGAGGAGCGGAUCUCGCAGAUCCGCCGGCUGACCAGCCCCCCUACCUCGGACUGCCUGGUCUCCAUGGUGACCUCUGUCACCAACGUGGACUUGCCACCCAAAGAGUCCAGUAUCUGAGUCUCAACCCGACCACCACCAACCCUCCCAACGCAGAGCGACAAGCAAGCAUACAAAACCACCGUCGUCGUCGUCUUCUUAAGCCUCAGCGGAUCUCAGAAAAAAAACAUGAAUGCAGCUGCUAUUUUAUCCUGACAUUUUUUUUCUAUUAAUUAUUAUUAUUUUUUAUUUCCGAUCGGAUCACUAUUACCAGCACACUUCUUCGAUACUGUUGUUUUUUUUUUAUCAAUAAAGGACAAAAAAAGCUAAAUGGACAUCUCAAAAGCGCAUUCAGGUGCCGACUUAUGAAUGCUGACAUGGUGCAGGUACCUCAGAUGUUUUCAGCUCUCAGUUUCUUUGGGUUUAGUUUAUUCCUCUUUUUCUGUCUUCUGGACAGGAUUGCCUGUGACAGAACCAACCAACUCACCCAGCAACCAAGCAACCAUCUACCACGUUGGACAAUACAACAAUGCUGCAAAAACCUUGUAGGAACAUUAAGACUGUUACACACAACUAACCUUCCUCAAGGGAUUUUAGUUUUCAGAAAACGUUUCCUUUCCGACAGCGUGUCCCAUACAAACCUUCGGAACUAACGGGUGUCUCUAGAACACAGGGAAAAGUGGAAAACAACUGGACUCAUUUCUUUUAGUUUUUUUCUGUGUUCAGACUGGUGACUAUGGAUGGGGUUGGCUACAGCAUUCUUAUGAGUGAAUGUUGAAAAGUUCAAAAGGAAAGUUCAAAAGGCUUACAUUCAGAGAUUGGACAUCACAUCAUCUGGAUAGUGCAUUUGGUAUGGAACUACUUCUCAGGUAACCAGUCUCAAGGGGCAGGCAGGAGAUGUUGAUUUGAGGUGAUAUCGCAACGUGUCCCAUAAAGUAGGGCGAGAGCCACAACCGCCGCCCUUGAGUGAUCGGAGGGGGCAAACUUUAGUGGGAGGGGCUUUUCUGACUUGGUUUAGAGCCUUUUUAUCUGAGAUCAAAAUGGAGUCUAAACACGGAACGUGCCCAAACAACUACAAAAAACACAAUCGGUGCAAGACCCUGGUGAAGAUAUGUAUGCAUUUUGGGUGUGUGUGUUUGCGUGUGACUACUUGUGCAGUGAGAGUGACUGAGUGUGUGUGUGUGUGUGUGUGUGUAGCGAAGAGGGAUGGAGAUUAAGACCAUAAAAAGUUUCAGCCGUAAACAUCUGAAAAUGAGUUAAAUGUAUUUUUGUUCCGUUUUUUUCUUCUCCUUUAUUUCAGUCAGUAUAUUGGACAUUGGGAGCUAAGGACCUAGACUCUUCUCCAGAGGCCCAUCCUAGGCCUCAGCAAAAGCCUAUAUCCUUCACUAGUGUUGAGCGGGAGGGAAUACAGUUGAAUCAUCACUGCCUGGUCCCUUUGUUAUUUACCUCUUUCACACAGGGACCAAACUUAGUUUGGACCGGGUAGGUCCUGCAUUGUAGAACCGUUUUCGACAGGGCACUGAGCGUAACAAGCGGUUUAAACUUAACUUCAUUACGAUUAGUUACACAUUCUCGUUCAUUAGAAGGAAAAAAAUAAGCUGAAAACGAACAUGGAACUCUUUUUGUCUUAAAAGUGGCACGCAAGAAACCACAUUUCCGUAUGCCAUAAUGUAACAGUGAAUGUCCACAAUGCUGCUGUUUCAACUCAAAGAUGAUAUAUGUCUGUUCCUUUUUUUCUGUGCAUUACACGUGCAACUCUCAGUAGUAAAGGAAACAUGCAUAAAACAGCAAAAGUCAUGUCUACCAACGUACAAGGCUUCCGAGGUGAACAAUAACAUCUAGUAGAGAGAAAACAUAAAACGAAACGCAAAAAAAACAAAAAAACAUUAAUGAACCACAGACCACCUCAAACCAGAAAUACCUCAGACUUUUCUAUGUGUAUGAGUUCUGUUAUAUAUUUUGUUAGUUGUGUUGACUUGUAUUAAGUAUAUUUUAAUGUGAGUUUUUCGGGCUUUUAUGAUUAGGGAGUUUUGGAAAAAUAGUGCUACCACAACAUGUUGUAUAAAUGAAAGAAAAUAGUGUAAAUAGCUGUAUACAGUUGUAGAAUUCUCCCAAUAUAUGACACCUAGGCAUUAUUCAUGAUUUGUGCUGGCUCCCCCCAACUCUUUUUUCCCUCUCCGUUACCUAAAGGGACAUUGAACCUUGUAUUUGGUUUUUCUCCCAAAAAACGAAUAUUCAACCACCACCACCGUGUCUCACCUGUAAUAUUUUUGCAUAUCCCAUGAUAUACCUUGGGUUUGUCAUUGCUUUUAAAAUGUAUUUUAAUGACUUAUCCCAUUCCUCUAUUUAAAAAAAAAAAAGAA